AUGAUGCUUUCUCGUCGUGCAUGCUACAAGUGUGGCAACAUUGGCCACUACGCUGAGGUUUGCUCGUCCUCUGAGCGUCUUUGCUACAACUGCAAGCAGCCUGGCCACGAGUCCAGCGCCUGCCCUCUCCCCCGUACCACCGAGACUAAGCAGUGCUAUAACUGCCAGGGUCUCGGCCAUGUCCAGGCUGACUGCCCUACCCUGCGCCUGAACGGUGCCAAUGGCCGUUGCUACAACUGUGGCCAACCCGGUCACCUUGCUCGCAACUGUACCAACGCCGCUGCUCCUAACGCUGGUCGCCCUACCGGCCCUCGUGGUGGUGGUUUCCAAGGCGGUUUCCGUGGUGGUUUCCAGGGUGGCUACCCUCGCGCUGCUACCUGCUACAAGUGUGGUGGUCCUAACCACUUCGCCCGUGACUGCCAGGCUCAGGCUAUGAAGUGCUACGCCUGCGGUAAGCUCGGUCACAUCUCUCGUGACUGCACCGCCCCCAACGGUGGCCCUCUCAGCCAGGCCGGUAAGGUCUGCUACAAGUGCGCUCAGGCUGGUCACAUCUCCCGUGACUGCCCUACCAACAACGCUGAUGCUCCUGCUGCGGCUGUCACCACUGCCCCCACUACUGAGGCUGUCGCUGUUACCCCCGCUGUGGAUGCCGCUGCUCCUGUCGUCGCUGCUGUUGCUGCUGCUGAGGCCAGUACUGAGGCUGCCCCCGUUGCCGCUGCGGCUCCUACUCCCGCCGUCGUAUAA